AUGUCAGAGGAUUCUUAGUAUUCAGAUAUUGCAGGAGGUUGGAUAAGUUGGUUUUGCGCUUUAGAAGAUCAUUAAUUUUUAUGUGAAGUUGAUGAGGAUUAUAUAAAAGAUAAUUUCAAUUUAUAUGGAAUAAAAUAGAAAUUUAAUCAUUACAAUGAAGCAUUAGAAAUGAUUUUAUCGACUGAAAGCCCUGAUGAUGAUGAUUUAGAAGAUGAAAGGUUUUUAGAAAUAUAUUAAGAAGCAACCGAUUUAUAUGGACUAAUACAUUCAAGAUUUACUACUUCCCCAAAAGGUUUAGCUAUGAUGAGAGAAAAGUUUUUACUUGGAAGAUUCGGGGUUUGUCCUAGAGUACUUUGUGAAAGACAAAAUGUUUUACCUUUAGGAAUGAGUGAAGAAUUAAGAACUUCGAGGGUUAAAGUGUUUUGUCCAAGAUGCGAAGAUGUUUACAUACCUAAAAAAAAUCCUGAUAUUGAUGGGUGUUAUUUUGGAGUUUCUUUUCCUCAAACAUUAUUACUUACUUAUCCUGAUUUAAAUCCAUAAAAAAAUAAUUAAAGUUAUGUUCCUAGAAUUUAUGGAUUUAGAAUAUAUAAAAAGAAAGGAUCUAGAUUUGCUGAAGAUGAUCAAAAUGUAUGUGAAGUCACUCAUUAUAGUGAAGAAUUAUUGAAAUAAAUUAGAGGAAAAGCUGACAAAAAUAAAUAAGAUGAUAAAAAAAAUUAUUCUAAUAAUAUUAUUUAAUGA